AUGGUCAUCACGGCACACUUCAUCGAUGAUAGAUGGAAACUUAGGAAGUUCAUCAUUGGUUUCAAGCAUGUAGCGGAUCAUAAAGGGGAGACAAUAUGCUCUGUCUUGCUGGAGUGUAUGGCUGAAUGGGGGAUAAAGAAAGUGUUUACAAUAACAGUAGACAAUGCCACUGCGAACACUAAUGCUCUGAAGUUGUUCAGGGAUGCAUUCAACGCUUUAGGACCUGAGUGCUUAGUGCUGGGAGGUGAGCUUCUGCAUCUACGUUGUUGUGCUCAUAUCAUCAACUUGGUUGUGCGAGAUGGUAUGCUAGAGGUGGAUGCGAGUGUGUGUGCAAUAAGGAACGCCAUACAAUAUAUCAGAGCUUCUUCUAAGAGAGUCGAAUCAUUUGAUCAGAAGGUUGAGUCAGCAAGGAUGACAAGAGGUAGCUUAUCUUUGGACUGCAAGACACGAUGGAAUUCAACCUACCUGAUGUUGUCAAGGGCCUUGAAGUUUAGAGCAGCGUUUGAUAGAAUGGAAGUUGAGGACAAGCUUUACAAUGAUCACUUUCAAGAGACUGUGGAGGGCAAGAAGAGGGUUGGACCACCAACUUCAGAGGAUUGGGAUAAAGUGGAGGGUUUGGUUAAGUUCCUGGUAAUAUUCUACAACUCCACUUUAGUUGUCUCUGCUUCUAACUCGCCUAGUUCCUACAAGUGUUACAAUGAGAUUGUCACCAUAGAAAGGAAUCUGAUUACAUUGAGUACUAGUACGGAUGAGAAGCUUAGGACAAAGGCUAUGGUUAUGAGGGCAAAGUUUAAUAAGUAUUGGGAUGGUCUAAAAGACAUUAAUAGGCUGUUGAUUGUUGCAAGUGUCUUUGACCCGAGGAACAAGAUGAAGUUUGCUGGUCUUUGCUUUGAAAAGCUUUAUGGGAAAGAUAGUCCACAAAGUAAGGUGCUCUACGACUCAGUCACUGAUGUCAUGGAAAGGCUUUUUGAUGAGUACAACGCCUCUGCAGCAUCACACACUGCUCCAGCAUUUGGUUCAUCGUCUCAGAGUCAGAGUGUCCAAGAGUCACAAGAUGAGGCUGCGAUGGAUUCUUCUGAUGAGAAUGAGUAUGGGUAUGAAAGAAUGGAUUCCUUGUACAAGGAAAUGGUGAACGAGUUGGGAUUUCAAGAUGCAAGCACUGAGUUAGAGCUAUACUUGAAGGAGAAGGUAGAAAUUCCUAAACCCAAUCCUCUAGGAAUUCCAUUUGAUGUUUUAGGUUGGUGGAGGAUCAACAGUUCAAAGUACCCGACCUUAGCUGCCAUAGCUAAGGAUGUUCUAGCUAUGCAAGUCUCUUCUGUUGCAUCAGAGUCUGCCUUUAGCACAAGUAAUCGAAUCCUUGAUCCAUCGAGAAGUUGCUUGACCCACUACAUGAUUGAGGUUCUCAUGUGCACAGAACAAUGGCUUAAGUGUGAGAUUCGAAUCAAUGAAAGAAACGUGGUUUCAACUCAGCAACUGAUUGCUGAGAUUGAAUUACAAGAUGAACUACAAAGAGAGUUUGAGCCGCAGCUGCACUUCCAAACCUGA